UCUACCAUCGACUCCGGAGACCGCCACGCGCCAUGGCUGCUGAAUUUGUGUAACUCUGUAUUGGUAUCCUUUCCAUUUGAACUCUAUCGUGAACCCAACUCGGCAGCGUUUACCUCAGUAGUUUUAGCACCACUUCACGCUGAGAGCCACAGACACAGACACAGACAACACGCAUCCGCCAAGAUGCAUCACUUCUUCCCUGGUAUUUUCUUCGGUUUCGAAACCGUCCGCAUCCUCGGCAUGGCCGCAGCCGGUGGUGCCGAGCUGGCCGAAUGCCUGGACGCAAUUGGCCGCAUCAAGGACAACGACCCCGAGAGCUGGCACCGCGCGUGGGCCGAGCAGGCCCGCAAGGCUGAAGCCAUCGCCAACGAGGCCCGCGCAAGCGGCGACAGGGAAGCCGCAAAACGCGCCCUGCUGCGCGCCCACAACUACUCUCGCGCCAGUUACUACAUGCUCCCCGGCGCCGGCCCCCUGAGCCCGGACCCGCGGUACCUCCCACUCUGCGAGAAAUCCGUCGCCCUCUUCCGCGACGCCACACGCUUCUUCCCACCCGGCACAGUACACCGUCUCGAGAUCCCCUUUGAGGGGCGCGUGCUGCCGGGUUACCUCUACCUCCCCCCACCCUGGCGCCGGAUUCCGGGCCAACAAAAAGCCCCCAUCCUCAUCGCCAACAGCGGGGCCGACGGCCUGUCAGAAGAAAUCUACUUCAUGGCGCCCGCCGCCGCGCUGGAAUUGGGAUACGCGGCCGUCACCUACGAAGGACCCGGCCAGGGGCUAACGCUGCACCGCGACGGGGUCGUUUUCCGGCCCGACUGGGAAGUCGUCGCCAGCGCCGUGCUCGACCACCUCGAGACCCUGUCAGCCACAAAGCCCGAGCUGGACAUGGACACGGGCCGCUUCGCCGUCUGGGGGACGUCCCUGGGCGGGUACUUUGCCCUGCGCGCUGCCGCCGGCGACUCCCGCUUCAAGGCGUGCGUGGCCGUCGACCCGGUCCACGACUUCUGGGACUUUGCCACGACGCAGGUCCCCAAGGCGUUCCUGGCGGCGUGGGAACGCGGCUGGAUCGGGGACGGGGCCGUCGACGCCGUCAUCAACCUGGGCACCCGGCUCGCAUUCCAGAUGAAGUGGAACAUCGCCACGACGGGGACCUUUUUCGGGCUGCGCCGCCCUUCGCAGAUCCUGCGCGCAAUGAAGAGCUACACGCUGCGGCUCCCGGGGGGGGGCAGCCUGCUGGAUCGGAUUCGGUGCCCAGUGCUCGUCACGGGCGCGAAGGCGUCGCUUUAUCUAGACGUGUCGACUCACACGUCGGCCGUCUAUGACGGGUUGAGGAAUUUGAAGGAGGGGGACGAGAAGCAGCUGUGGGUGGGCACGACGCCGGGGGAGGGCGGGCUUCAGGCCAAGGUGGGCGCUCUGGCGCUGUCAAACCAGCGUGUGUUUCGGUUUCUGGACCGACAUUUUGGCAUCGUCCGGGAGUCUCUGUGACGUCGGGAGAAUCUGUGACGUCGGGAGUAUCUGUGACGUCGGGAGUAUCUGUGACGUCAGGAGUAUCUG